UGCGUGGUAGAUCAAAUUCGUGAUUAUGUAGUGUUAUCACUGUUGAUGUCGCGUCACUCGUUCGUGCGAAUACCCGUACAAAUGUAAACAAUGGUUUUUCUAUAAACGUAAACCUUAUCAACAGAAUUAAUUACGAGGUAUGGAAUUUACUGCUCCAAAGAAUAAUAGAGGACGAAAAAAGAGGCGACAUCAGAAGAAACGACGUUGCGAAAAAAUCAAAUUUGAGGUUAAGUCUGCGAAUCGUCAAAGAUACAUUUUGGAACGUACCGAUAUAGUUAGUGCUAAAGAAGAAAUAAUUUCCAAUAAGAUGCAAGCUAAUUCUUUUUGGCAAAAUUAUACAGUAGCUCAAGAGUGGCAGAAAAGACAUAAUGUAACGUGGUGGAGGACUCGUUGUUUUGCCUUAGAACACGAGAAUAAAAUAUUGAGAAAUAAAUUGAGGUCAUUAGCUUCUCAGAAUGCUCAACAACGUUCUUCAUAUGCAGAAAGAAAUUAUGAUUACAAGAACCAAAAUGCAGAAGAAGUGGAAGAUGGAGCAAGUACCACAGAAGAGAAUGAAAAUUUAGAAUUCCACGUGAACGAAGAUAUGAUGAGCUUUUUGGAACAAAGCAUAAGGCAUAAAAUUGAAUUGAAGAAGAAACGUGAAGCUGAAUCAUCUGUCAAAAAAGAAGAGGAGGAAGAUGAAAAUGCUUGUAUUCAAGGUGGAGCUGCAUGGAUGAAUGCAAAGAACAACAAUGCAAAAUUAUUAUAUGGCAAUGCUAGCUCUACAAUAUUAGCAAUGGAAACUGCCCUCCAGACAACCAUUGAUAGACACAAAGAUAUAGCAAAACCUCAGUAUUGGCCUGUUAUACCUUUAAAACCAUAAACUCUAAGAUUAUGAACGAUUUAAAUGUAAAUCUGUUUAAAUAUGUAUUUAAUAGACAAAUAUAAGUAAAUCUUUUUCAUACAUGUCAU